AUGGAGUCGAAGGCGCUUGUAUCUCGAGGACCAUUCUCCCAAGGGGGCUGGGCCAUCGAGGAGGUAAAGCUGCGAGAGUUGAAGAAUGACGAGGUCGCUGUCGAGAUAGUGGCAAGCGGUAUCUGUCACACAGACUUGCAUUGUGGCGACACACCGGACGACAAAGGAGUGCCAGCGGUCUUCUACCCUAGAGUCCUUGGGCAUGAGGGAUCUGGUUAUGUGAAGCGAGUCGGCAAGGAUGUGAGCACUGUCAAGCCAGGAGAUCCGGUGCUGCUCUCUUUCUCUUACUGCGGCAACUGCCAUGUCUGUAAGACGGGCCCUCCGUCGCAUUGCGUCGACUUCUUCGAAAUCAAUUUCAUGGGCGAGCCAGUGUUCCACGACGCGAAGGGAGGCUCCAUUGGCGGCCGCUUCUUCGGGCAGUCAAGUUUCGCGAAACACGCCAUCGUCAGCGACAAGUCCGUCGUGAACGUGAGCGGUCUGGGUCUGGAGCGGGAGGAUCUCAAGCUCCUGGCGCCUUUUGGCUGUGGCCUGCAAACAGGCAGCGGCACAGUCAUCUCCGUGGCGAAAGCUGGGCCUGACGAUGCGAUCGCUAUAGUCGGCAUGGGCGGUGUCGGGCUGGCCGCUGUGAUGGCAGCGAAGAACCAGAAGUGCAAGACGAUCAUCGGCAUUGACAGGGUGGAGGCGCGCCUGGAGCUUGCCAAGUCGCUCGGUGCCACGCACGUCUUCAACACAUCCAAGAUGUCGACCGAGGAGCUUGUGGCUGCCGUCAAGGAGGCGGCUGAUGGGCUGGGCGCGACUGUCUCGAUCGACACAAGCGCCUACCCCCCACUUGUUGCUGCUCAAGUAGAGUACACGCGGUACAUGGCCAAGAUCAUACAGGUUGGAACCGGGAUGCCGAAUGCGAACUUGACGCUCCACAUGCAGAGCUUCAUGGUCAGUGGUAAACAGUACUUCGGCGCCGUCCAGGGACACAGCAGGACGAAGGAGUACAUCCCGCAGAUGAUCAGGUGGUGGAAGGAGGGGAUCUUCCCCGUGGAGAAGUUGGUCAAGUUCUACAAAUUCGAAGAUUUCGGAGAAGCUGUCAAGGUCAUGGGAAACGGGGAGGUUGUGAAGCCUAUUCUGGUAUGGUAA